GGACCGUCAGUCAGGCCGUUGUCCGGCGGCGACGGGAGAACUCCCGACUCGAGGCUUCGGGCCUAGCUGUGCGCAGAGAUCCGGCCGGGCUGGGGUCGCCCUUCUGCCCCGAUGCUUAUCCCCCGUGUCGGCGUGAAAUGUGAUCAUUUGCCCUGACUGAUGAGAGUUGCUCCCACCCUUACAACCCCCGGCCCGCUCUCCUUCCUCUCACUUGUGGGCCGGGCUCGGGCCCUGCUACGGUGCCGCAGGUCGGAGGCUGCAGCCUGGGCCUCGGGGUCGGGUUCGCCGCUAGCUGAGAGCAGGACGGUAGCGGGAGGCCUGUAGAUGGCCGGGGCACUCCGGCUGUGCCGGAUCGGGCGGCCAGGGUUGGGGCGGGAGUCACCGGGGGUGAGCGAGGUACUGCCCCUCGUCACAGAUUCAGUGCACGGUCAGCCUGGGUCCAAAGAGCUCCGAGGCGUGACCUGGGGCAUCGCUGACUGCCAUCAGCAUCGCCCGCACGCUCAGAACAACUGGGCACCUAAGUGGGGGGAUGGCAUAGCAAAUACCCCUCAACGUGGGCAGACGGAAUCUUCUUGUAGCUUCAAAUCAUAGGUAAAGGCAAUUCCCUCUUAUUAACCAGCCAUCAAAGACCAUGUAUACGGAAAGGUGCUAGAAAAGAACCAAUAAUGUCAUGGAGGAUCCCACCCACCCUUCUCAUGGACUGUUUGCCCCAUUUCCAUCGCGUACACCAGACUCAAAAACUUUCCACAGAUGUGAGGGAAGCAACAAUAUGUCCAGAGUGUCAUUCUCCUGCUAUAAUGUUCUUAAUGAAUUUGACACCUGCCUCUGCAAUACAGACAGAUUGGCAGUCCUUUGGAGCUUCCCAGAGCUACAGCCUUCCGGUGGGUUUCUCCUCCGUAAAGGAGAAGUUCUCUGCUGUUGGAAGUACUGUUAACGUAAGUGUACAAAUGAUUGUGGAAAACCUGCAGCCCCAUAACUCAUCUCAUGCUAUGAACAAUGACCCCAGUAGUAAUGCUCAAACAAACCUAGUCACAAAAUGGCGGAGUGAGGGUGCGUUAGACAACAGCGCCAUCAAGCUUCUAAAAGGGGCCGCUGUAGAGGAUCUGAAGACCGUGUAUCCAACCUGUGCACUCGGCACAGAGGAGUCGAAUUUGGGCCAUUGUGAACUGGAUACAGACAGCGAUGAGUCUGUUGACCGAGAUAUAGAAAAGGCUAUUCAGGAAUACUUGAAGAAGAAGACAGAAGAAAGUUGCUCAAUGUCGAACGUCAUACAUGAUGCUGAAGUUCCUCCUGUGAUACAUACACCUAUCAAAGACGCUGCUCCAAAUGUCAGUAAUAGAUUCUCACUUGAAGAAAAGGUGGUCCCCACUGAACUUGUCAAUGUUGACCCUCUUCCUACCCAUCCAAAGGCUGCUACCGAUUCCAGAUGUUCUUCACCUUCCAGCAUCAGCAGCAAUGACUCUUUUGAACUGAGUAUACAAGCUGAGAUUGAAAGGUUCUUGCAAGACAAGCGGGAUAAAGAAACCAGCGAUCCCAGUGACAAACUAGCAUCCAAGGGAGGACCAGCACAGAAGGAAAAUCUGGUGAAGGUAGGACUGAAGAGCAAGAAGAGGUACAUCAAGGCCAGCGCAGGGAACCAAGCACGUGUUGUCAAACCAUUGGUGACAAAUCCCAAUACUCAAGUUACUGGCACCAAAUCCACCAAAGUAGGUGAAGUUGGCAAAUCUGGGAAGACCAAUGAAAGGAAUCCCAAGAGCCAUAAAAAGCUGGCCAUUGAGAGGAAGCCAUCAGCAAUGCCUAGCUUUAAGGAUCUCUGCAAAAAUAGUAACAUCCAGUUGAACGUGAAGACUGAAUUCUCUGUCCCAAAGCCUAAUUCCAUAACCACAGGAGCAGAGCUAUCUGACUCUAGUAGUGAUGAUGGGAUUGAGGAAGCCAUCCAACGUUACCAGUUAGAACAGAAGAAAAUCAAGGAUCUUCCCUUUGCCCUUGGAUUGUUACCUCACAAGCCUCUCUGUUCCAUGAACUCUGAAUCCUCUUUGGAUGCUCGUCAUGCACCCAAGGACGAGGGGAAGGAAACAACUCAAGCAACUCUGAGCAAGAAGCGGAAGCAAUGUAUACCCAAGUCUGUGGAGUCAAAGGCACAGUAUCCACACAGCCUUUUGCAUACAGUCUCCAGUGAUCAGUUGAGCAAUGAUUUUGUAAAGCAAAAGGAAAGGAAACACAUAGUCUCUGAGUUAAAUUUGAAAAGAACAGAGACCCCAUCAGAAUUUUUCCGAAAACAGGAAGGCCCUUUGGUGCUCAGUGUAGAUGAAGAUGGCAUGUUGAACAGGGAAGUGCAUGUGGCCUGUAGGAAGAUGACCAGCAAGUAUGCCACUGUUAACUCCCAGCAAAUCUCAUCUUCCGACAGUGAAGACAGUUCUGUGGAUAGUAGUGACAGCAUUGAAAAGGAAAUUCAAAAUUACUUGGCUCUGAAGGUGAGCCAAAGGAAUGAGAAGUCAAAUAAAGUGGAGGCUAUGAGUGAGUCAGUCAAAGUCUUCCCCUCAGAUCUGAAGGAAGAAGAUAGUCUGAACUUGUUCUCUCCUCUGUCUUCAUCUCAGAUGCCCUUAUUGCAGAAAGAAAGUCUGAAGUCUAAUGACAGUGUUGGUCAUAAGACUGGAAAAGAAAAGUUGAGAGAAAGCCAGCCAGUUGCCAGUGGGGCACCUGUUUCCAGGACUGACCCUGACACUGCUCCCUCCAAGAUUAAACUUAAAAAAGAUCUGUUGGAGCAAGAUACUUUAGACAUAAGCAAUGUCUGGGACAGCAAGGCAAUCAAUAGAAAUCAGGGCAAAUUAUCGCCAAACUGGGCUACCAGCAUACAGUCCUGUCAUAAGCCAGUCCAUGAUGCUUGGCAGACAGACGACAAAAGUAGUUCAUUGGACAGUGAUGAAGAUCUGGAUACUGCUACAAUGGAUCUUCUGAAGACCAGAAAAAGAGUGGGGAGAAGAUCAAGGGACUCUAAGAACUGGUGCAGGAAGCGUGUACGGUUUACAGGGGCAGAGGUGCUCACCUUCUCUGAGCAAAACACUGGUAUUGGGAAUGAAACUCCCAAGGCCACUGGUGAAGGGCUUGCAUUGAGCCAUGCUCCCCUGAAGAGCUGUUUGUCAAAAUCUAGUAGGACAGUCUGUAGAAGUUAUUUAGACUUUAAAAGUAAAAAUAACAAAAGAGCUGGGGAGACAUCAGAAGGUGAAGGAAAUGGCAGUAUGGUUAGAAUGGGAAGGCCCAUAUCGGUCUUGUUAUCUACAACGCCAUCCACCGUGGUUGAACCAGUAACUCAAAAAACCAUGACCGGAGACAGCAGUUCCGGAGAUAGUGACGAUGGUAUUGAGCAAGAAAUCCUGAGAUUCCUAGCAGAAAAAGCCAGAGGGAAUAGUGUAGCUGAGGAAAGCUUGAAAGACCAGGGUGAAGUGCAAGAUUUUAUAGAGCGAGGCGAAAGAAACAGAUCGUUAAAAGUGCCAGGCCAUGGUGCAGAAAUGUCUUCCAUUUCUCAGCAGACUGAGGGAUCUUGCAGCGUUGGUAUGAAGGAACCGCAUCAUGAGGAAGAGGCGGUCACAGCUGGGUGCUCAUUUGGAGGUAUGGAAAGUGCUGCUGCUGAAAGCAAGGCUCGCAUUCAUGAUCCAGGUUUGCUUCAGGACGCUUGUGUUAUUCACAGCGCAGAGCACCAGACUGAACACAGACCAAUUGUCAGAGAAUUGUCAACUGUGUUUCAAACUAAAACUGCACUUGAGCAGGGGAUUUUGCAAGUUGGUACCACAGACUGUCAAGGGAAAGAGAGCAGUAUCAGCAAGUGUGAUUUGCACAGUAACGUCCUGCAGGUGGAUAAUCCCUUAGGAAACUGCAUCACCCAGAACGUACAGGACAAACAGGCAGCUGCGGGUUUCAAAGCAAUUCCACCCUUGGUUCGGGAGCUAAGUGGACAAUGUAUUGAUCUCAGAGAGCAGGGUGUGAGACAGCCUCAACCAGAAGCAGUUCAAGCAAUGUCUUUAGAGGGAACUGUAAGCAAAUUGAAAUCAUGCAAUGUCGUCUUCACUGAACCUCUCUGUGACACUGUGCCGAAAGGUGGGGAGAAAGAUUCUAGCAGUAGAGCUAAAUAUUCCAUGGAAAGCCAGUCACAUGUAGGGUGCAGUACAGAACAGAGCCCUCGUACUGCAGGUGAAACAUAUUCACACCUGGGUUGGACAGGCAGAGAUAUAACUAAACCUGAGGAGGGUGGAUAUCCAAGCAGGCCUUCAGCAUCUCUGAUGCCAUCAGUAAGUCCUGAUGUUCAUUCCAGUGAGAUGAGGGGUCUGCCUUGUGGUACCUGGCAGGAGCAGAGUGACCACAAUUAUCAGUGUGGAAUGAGGCAUGAGAUGAGGUCAAAUCAAGAUGCUGGACCUGAAUGUUUCAACUUUGUGAGAUCACAUUCAUGUGAAAGUAGAGGAGCAAGCACCAGUGUACCAUUUGCUGCACAUUCCAUACCUUCAACCCACAAGGAAACCAGCAGGAUAGAUCAGAGCAUGCAGAGUACAGAGCCAGAGACCGCCAAAGGAAUAGUGAGUGGUGAGGGAACUUCUGAAGAGAAGGCCAGCAGUCAGUGCUCAGGUAAAGAAAAUGGUGGAACUGCUCAAUGGCAGUCGCUGAACCUGUCUUUGUUGGAAACUAAGAAUGAGGAGCAAAGCGACAGGAGACGAACAGGAGUGGGUUUUGAGGAGAAAAGUCCUCAACCCUUUUAUGAGAAAGCAAAUGAUCAAUCAGAUAAUGGUGAUAGAAUGGAGACUGGUAGUUCAGGACAGCAGGGACAGUAUAUUGAUAUGUAAGUAUAAUGUUGUACAAUAGGUUUUCUCUUAAUUAUUUAAGAUAACCAUUAAGUUCUAUUGUAGACAGUGGGAUGUUGGCAAAUGAUUUAAGACAAUUUUUGGUUGAUGUGAUGAAAGGCUAUCCUAGAUAAGCAUUUGAUUUAGGACAAAGAAAAUACAUUUUUAAAAUGUCCAUUCCUGUCUUUUCCAAAUAAAUAGGAUGAUUAAAAGUUGGGCUGUAUAGUUUCAAAGCAUUUCUUACCAUGGCUGAGGCCCACUCCAUGAAAUGUAGUUGCCAUUUGUUUCUGUGGUAGUGGAGGGCUCACCAUUUCUCAUCUUAAAUUGAUUUGUGUUUGCAUUUCUCAGGGUCAGUACAGCACAGUCUUUCUUCCUGUCCGCAGAUAAUACCCAUAGCACAUCAUCCCAAAAUCUGGAAAAAUAGCCCCAGUUCUAAUUAUUGUUUUCAGGGUCAAAGCUGGUGAUGGUGAUCACUCUUUGCACUUCUGAACGAAUCAGAUCCAGGCUCUGUUCCUGAUAAAUACAUUCAGAGAACAACACGGGAUUGUCUCUGAUAGCUCCUAAGUUUGAAUAGUACAAAUUGAGUUGACGCGUAAAUAACCGUCAGUUGUUUGAGCUAUUCUGAAGAUUGAAAGUCAAUAAGAGUAAAGAUUGAUCUGGGAUGAAGAGCCACAAUAGAAAUUGUUUUUGAACUGACAGAGGGAAAGUUACUCAAAUAGAAAAUGUGUACAGUAAGUUUAGCUUGCACACAAACCUGCAGGAGGUACCGGAUCCUUUUUUUUUAUUGCAUUCAAAUUUUAUUUCUAUUUCUGUUAAGAAGCAGCACAAAAACUGUUUAAUUGUUAAUAGUGGUAGUAGGUGACCUGGGAUGCCAGGAAGUGAGGUGAAAUUGCUGAGGAACAGAUCUUGCCAAGGGACUAUAAUUUUGCAUUCAUUCAUUGAGGUUCGGGAUGCUGACACUGGAAAAUCAAAUUGCUAUCUAUUUGGGAACAGUACCACCAGACGCAGAAAAAAGAUGGCUUCCUUGUCCUGGCCAUAGGCCUUAUCAUCAGCCUUGUAACUAGAAGCUUCUAAACCCCACUGCAUUAGAUUAUCUUAAUAUUCCUCGUGAAGCAAGCAUCUUUUGGAGAUUGUGGACCAGAACUGCCAAUUCUCAACACCUACUUGAUCUCUGGAGUUUAAUUGGCCAUCAGCAGGUUGGCUUUCACCCUCGGCCAAUAGUUGAAAGUGUAGAUAAUAAUUACUUUUUGUUAUUAUCCCUGCAAGUUGGAAUAGGAUUUGCCCAAAUUAUCAUUGAAUUGAUCAUAAAUUGAGAGAUAAUUAGCAAAAGACUGACUUCAGGAACUUACUUUCCCAAACUCCUGGUCUUCAUGAAGGAAUUUGACUUCUAGAAAUUUUCGGGCUAGUAUGGCAAUAGGCUAGCCUGGGGCACCUGCUAUUCCCAGGCAGUUUCUCAUCUAAGUAUCAGUCAGGUGUGAGCAUGCUUAGCUUUCAAUACCAGAUGAGAUUAGGCACAAUAGUGGUUAGCGUAAUGCUAAAACAAAGUCAGUGACGUGGAUUCAAUUCCCACUCCUGCCUGUAAGCAGUUUGUACAUUCUCCCCGUUACCAGGUGGGUUUCCUCUGGGUGCUCUGGUUUCCUCCCACAUUCCAAGAUGUAAUUGGUCACAUGGGUGUAAUUUUGCCUCGCAGGCUCAUUGGCUGAAAAGCCUGUUGCCAUGCUGUAUCUCUAAGAAUAUUUCUAAGAAGUCAGUUUUCUAGUAUGCAGCAGGAAGAAUUGUUUAAAAGAAAGCUAGUCACAGCUGAUCUCAGGCAAAGAGGGGGAACUGUAGUUUGUGUCAGGGGAACAGUGUCAUUGAGUAUACAUUUUCCCCAUUAUUGUCAAGCAGCACUCAUCCCAGGAUGAUCUGAGGGUAAAAAUGUGAGCUCGGUCAUGAAUGGGUUGAGAGGGAUAACAAAUCAGCCAUGACUGAAUGGUGGGACAGAUUCGAUGGGCCAAAUGGCCUAAUUCUGCUAUGGGCAAAUAGUCUGUCAACACUCAUCAACUGGGAUUAGAUUCUGUAAGGAGAAGCUGUGGAAAAGUACCUUGGGAAAGGGCACCCUACUUAAAGGGGAGGAGAAGAGAGAUAUGUAUGGAUUUAUAUAUAAAUGCAAAGAAUGUCAAAUUCCAGCUCAGAACUCACAUAGAUAAUCUUGCAAAGGAAUCUAUUGAAAUAUGACAUUUGUACAGACUUUAUACUCCAAGAAUACAGAAUGACUUAUUUUAAUUAGGGCCUGUUUUAAAUUUCUUGGCUCUUUAUUUAUGUAAAGUCUAGUGUAUUUAAUUCAGCAAAAUCCCAAUGAGAAAUGGGAUCUAUAAAUGAGUUACCUGGCUCUUCUUCUGGAUAACACAUUGCAGCAGCUUUGUCGGGAUGAUUUCAGCAAAACACAAUAAUGGUGUUGCACUAAAAAGCACCUUAUCAUGUCAGAGCAUUUUCUGAAGCGUCUAAACUGCUGUGGACAAUGAUUGUGGAACUAUCUUUAUAAAUGCUGACCUGCUGAGUUCUUCCAGCAUUUUGCUUGUGUGCUUAUAAAUGCUAAUCCUUCUUUCCAAAAUAAAAUAGUACUAUCAUUUUCUGUUAGCAUUUAACAAUGAGUGCAGAAUAGAAAAUUACAGGAAUGUAGCAAAUGUAGCAGCUCCUGGGGAAACCUUCACUAAUCUAAAUUCAUUUUGAUGGCCUUUUUACUGGAAUGAAGUGUUGUGGCUUACAGGACAGUUAAUGGCGAUGGGACCAAUUUUGAAGAGAUUAGGAAAAGGUUUACCAGCAACAGUCUUAUGUGGAAUAUUCUAUCCACAGAUUUCAUCUGAGAUUAAAUAUCAGGUUUAAUGACAAGUAAUUACACGUAAGUAAUGAAUGUUGCUGCAAAGACCAGUGUUUAUUAUCUAUUCCAAAUUACCCUUGAGAAUGUAAUGAUGUGAUAUCAUCUUUAAGAAUGCUUAGUGAUCCAUGCAUGCUCUUCCGCAAUCUUCAUUGAAUUGUGUCCCGUACUUCAACAGUAGCGAGGAAGUACUGGGUCAUGAUUUUGAAUAUAGUGAAAUACAGUUCUACUAUUAAUUGUGUCUCAGAGCACCUCAGACAUACCCAGUUUUGAAAUAUCAGUUUUAUUUAGAAUUUCUCUAACAAAAUACAGUGAUUGUAUCCUACGACAUAGCAAUGUGAGGUCAAAAUCAUGUCAAUUUUUCUUCAUCUUCUGCUGAACUACUCACAGUCAUGUCCUGGAUUUGGCCAGCUAGGUGAAAAAUGGUACACUCAAACUACUCUUGAAAGUGGAAAAUAAAGACCCCUUUCCCCUCCUUUCCAUCCACCCAUUUGGCUGCAUUUUAUGCCUUAUUCUUUGUAGUAAUUUUUAUUAUGGUGGACCUCUAAUUCAUCAGACAAGGCAGGAUAGGAGGUGAUGUUCUGCAUAGAUUGCCUUGCCCACCAUUGACAAUUGAAGUAUCUGAGCAACACGCUCAUUUUUUUGUAUUAGUCAUGAUGGGUAUGUUGAGCCAAUAAGAAAGGGAUGGGUAUGUCUGGGAUAUUAAAGGGUAUGAUUCUUUUGAGUGAUGGUGUCAAGCUUGAUAGUUCUAUUGAACAGCAUUCCCAAUUUUGGCAUGUUUUCAAAGUUCCCAGAACUGUGAUGUCUUUCCCGUGCACAAAUUCACCUGAUCUUUCUGCUAUGGAUAUCUGAUCGCCCUGUCCCUCUGAUGCCCAGCACAGAGCCACUGGACAUGUUCUAAAUCUAUUCUUUUGAGGGUACUGGUCAUGCCACAUAACACAAUGGAGCAUGAGCUCAUGUUGAAGAGACUUCAUGUUAAUUGAAUUUAAAUUCUUCGGCUGUCUCGGUGAGAUUUAAGCUCUUCACUUAGAGAAUCAGCAACAACUUGGAACCUGACAUCUGAGUGCAUAAGCAUUGUAAGCAUGCAGCAGCUGAUACUGGAUUUGGUCCUAACUUGGGUCUGAAGUGAGGUGAAGUAGAUUGAACAGUUUUCCCAAUGGUUCUGCAGAUGAACUUCACUCUAAUGGGCAGCUUGUUGGAGGCAGAGCAAAGUAUUACGGCAAGAAAAUGUAGAAGUGCCAAAGUGAUUGUGCAACCUUGUUUGAUACUGGUCUGUAGUGAGAUGGGCCUCUUGUGAAUGUAUUAAUGCAUUGGUUAGGCAAACCAUCAUGAAGCAAAUAUAACUCAGAGAAAUUUGUAUGGGCAUCCAAAUGUAAGGAAGAUGCUCCACAGUCCCACACAAUCAAUGUAUUCAAAGGUUCGAAUGAGGUAGAAAGCCGCAUAUUUUGUGGUUGGUGCUGUUCCCUUCUCUUAGACUUGAGGAGUUAGUGUGUCAGUGGAAAGAGUAUCUUGGAAAUCCCUAAAUAGUUAGAAAAUUGGAUUUGUGUCCUUUCUUGUGGAACUCAGUCAUUCUGAGAUUCACUGACCCUUUCUUCUCUUCUUAGAUGUCAGAGAUAAAGUUGUAGAUUUGUGGGAGAAGUUCCUCACCAUUAAGUAUUAGAACAUCAGCGUUUAUACUGUAUGUUUGCAGGGCCUUUUCAACUUGUCAAUCAAAGUUAGUAGCAAGGCUGCAUGAGAUAGUUUGCAAUUUUGAAUUUAUCCUCUUUUGGAUGGUGGUAAUGCCAGGUAGCUCAAUGGAAAAUGUUGUUUGGAUGGGUAUGGAAUUUCACCUGACAUAACUAACUGAAGUUAGGUUCUUUAGCUGGCUUGGUGGGAUUCUAGCUCAUGUCACCGGAUCACCCAGGAAUGGCUUCUAAAAUAUUUGUCCAGUAAUGAAACCUUUCUAAAUGAAACCACAUACUCUGUAGCAUUAUUCAUUAGUGAUCCAAAGAAGUAAUAAAAUCAUUUCAUUUUUGUGUUUUAAUCCAUUUUUUCCAUUUUUGGUGUAUAUGUUGCCAAAUAUUUUUUCUGUUUUGUGAAAUUUUCUUGUGAUGUUGAAAUUUCUCCUCCGUUUUUGCCUGAGGGGUAUAUUGUGCACAUAGUUUUUAACAAAUUAUGUGAAAUAUUUAAAUUAUACAUUUUCACAUCUUCUUGGCAAUUAUCUAAUAAAUAGCACAGUCUGA